AUGCAAAAAACAAACCAAGUUUCAGUUGAAGCGGAGGGUAGCACUGUUGAACAGCAAGAGGCUGAUAUUGGUGCUGAUAUAUCAAAAUGCUUCAGUGGUUAUCAUCACGUGAAAUGGUAUGUCUCCAAUGCAAAACAAGCGGCCAGUUAUUUUAUUCACUGCUUUGGGUUUCAAUGGAUAGCUUAUAGAGGAUUAGAGACUGGAUCAAAGGCUAUCUCAGGUCAUGUUGUUAAGAAUGGUGAUGUCGUUUUUGAAUUUGUAUCACCAAUUGUUGUUUCCAGUUCCGAUCCAAUAGUGAAUUCACAAUUAAACGACAUUCACAAUUUCAUUAAAAUUCAUGGUGAUGGUGUUAAAGAUGUUGCAUUUGGGGUCAACAAUGUUCCAAUGGUUUAUGCGAAUGCAAUAAAGAAUGGUGCUAAAGAAGUUAGAAGCCCUCAAAAGCUAGGAGAUCAUUAUGGUAUUGUUGAAUGUGCAACAGUGGAGGUUUUCGAUGAUGUUCACCACACAUUGAUUGAUUCAUCUGGUUAUAAUGGUCUAUUUUUACCUGCAUAUGUUUUUGUAACAGAUAGCAAAUCAUCUGAAUUUUAUUUGAAUCAGUUACCAAAAGUCAAAUUUCUUCAAAUUGAUCACUGUGUUCAAAAUGAAGAUUGGAACCAACUGGAAAGGGCAUGCUUGAUGUAUUCAAAGAUUUUUGGAUUCCACAGAUUUUGGUCAGUUGACGAGAAAGCAGUUUCAACUCAAUACUCAGCACUUCGUUCAGUUGUCAUGGCUUCAUCUAACGAGUUAGUUAAAAUGCCUAUCAAUGAGCCAGCAGAAGGUCUUUUCAAAUCACAAAUAGAAGAAUUUAUAGAAUUCAACAAUGGAUCUGGUGUUCAACACAUAGCAUUAUUGACUGAUGAUAUAAUCACGUGUGUUAAAAACUUAAGAUCCAGAGGUGUUUUAUUCAUUGAUAUUCCAGCAAAAUAUUACGAUAAUUUGAAAAGAAGGCUUCAGCAGUUCAACAUCAAGCUUAAUGAAAACCUUUCAGAAUUGCAAAAGUUGGGAAUUUUAGUUGACUUUGAUGAAAAUGGUUAUUUGUUGCAAUUAUUUACCAAGCCAUUAAGUGAUAGACCAACUUUUUUUAUGGAAAUUAUUCAAAGAAACAAGCAUAAUGGAUUUGGAGCUGGUAACUUCAAAGCAUUAUUUGAAAGCAUUGAAAGUGAGCAAAAGCUUCGUGGAACCCUAGAGAAGUCUACCCACUCAACCAUCAUGGAAUAA